AUGAGUCGCAAAAUGAGUGCGUACCUACGUCGCUUGGAAGCCGCGACAACGCCUUCGCGUGCUUCUGUCGCAUUGAUUGCCACCGCAAAUGCGCAGGAUUAUCGAGGGCCACUCUGCACAGCAGGUGUCCUUGAUCAGCGGGUGCACUUUGGUGCGCCAUCAUUACGCGAUCGUGUACAGGUUUUGGAGAGGGCUUUGCGCGAUAUUAACGAAGGGGAUAGCAGGACUACUUGUAGUAGAACAACGAUAUCAGAACUGAUUUUUUCACGAGCAGCUUUGUGCGAUCUACUUGGUGAGGCGACAACAUCUGCGAGUGCGAACAAGAGCGGCAUUGCCAUUCUUGAGUAUGCAGAUAAUGCAACGACUUUAGAAUUGGAAGACGAAGAUUCGGGUCUCUAUGUUCUUGAGGCUGAGGCAGACUAUAAUGUUGAUCUUGACGAUCAUUCAGGAGCUGAUGAGGCAACCCGUGCACAAAUCCCUAGGCAGGAUUAUGUGGACCGGGAAGUAGCUGCCACAACGAUCGUGAAGAAAUCGGAACAAAUAGACAAGAAUGGUAAGAACAACGAGAUCUGCCCUGAAGAUAAAGUCACUCCGACAGUAGAUCAACAGCCAGACCUUUCUUGCCUCAUAGACUUGAAGGGUGAGAUUCUCUGCUCUUCAGAAAACUGCGCAGCUCUAGCUGAGGAGCUGGCUGCAAAGUCUGAUGGUCAGCCUGUCGCAGACCUUCUAGAUUUGGCAAAGAUAACACUUGACUGCGUUGAUCUGGAGCCUACUAUGGCUGAGCUGACAGCCGCAAUUGCUGAGACGCUAGAGACGUUGGUGGAGAAGGAGGAACAACUACAUCAGCAAGGUGAAAAGCUCAAGCCGUCGCCCUCUCCAAACACGAGGACACAGUCACAGGAAGCUGAAGACGAGGAGAACACAUUACACGCGACUGCCGAAAACAACACUUUGAGAACUUCGACGACUAGAGCAGUAUCUCCUACUACACGACUUAAAAUUAUAGCCGCUUUGCGCAAGGACCUACGCGUUAGGCGAAAGCUAGCAGAGAUUCGAGGAAGCCUGGUUCCACGCGCUUUCAAGGAAAUGCAGAUGAGAGCUCUCGGGGGCUUGGCUUCUACACGACAGGGACCUGGCGCGACGAGCCAACAGACCUUUAGAUUGGAAGUGUCCGAAAAGCUGAGGUGGGACCAUGUUGGCCAUCUGGAGGAAGUGAAGAAGACGCUUCUCGACACUUUGAUGCUGCCGACUGUUUUCGCACCCCUGUUACGGAGCUCCCCUGUGAGACCACGACUUGGUGUAGCCCUAGUUGGUCCAACUGGUAGCGGCAAGACUUUUGUCGUUCACGCGUUAUGUGCGCGAAUGGUGGGACAUGUGCGUUUUUUCCAAGUCAAAGCUGCGGAACUGCUGUCGAAAUAUUACGACAUCAUAGGUGAAAGUCUGCUCUCAUUGUUCUUGUGCAAUAUUUCGAUUACCUUCAGGUUGAUGUCGUGUCUAGUACAACUACAACAGCGCGCUCGCUCUACUUCUUUCUAGCUCUAACCUACCAUCGGCGAAUCGGAGGCGAAUGUACGUCGCGUCUUCGAGAAAGCAAACGAGUGCCAGCCUAGUUGCAUAUUUUUUGACGAAAUAGAAGCGCUUUGUCCAGUUCGGGGACAGAACAGCACAGGAGUGACAGACCGCGUCGUCAAUCAGAUGCUUACUUAUUUGGAUGGUAAGACUUUCGAUCUUUUUCCCGUAUUAAUUUUCGCCUCUGCAUUUGCUUGCUUUCCGCGUCGCGGAGGUAUCUUUUUCAGGAAAGUCGGGCCCGUGCUCGAGGUGUCCCAAGUGCGAAGAAGGGGCAUCGACUUCGGCGGAUUUGGAUGCGCCGGAGGUGGAGGCGGCCCGGCGCGGCUCCACCCAACCGAACAGCGCCGCAGCGGAAUAAGGACACGCAAGACGCGGGAGGAAAGACGCGGGCGGCGGAGGAGGCGCGCGCGGCGCUGAAACGGAUACCAAAAUCAAUAGGAGGCGGAGGCGGUAGCCGGCGCAUGCGUGGGGAUGCAGGCCCGAGAAGGACGCGCCGGGCUUGACAUCAGAGGAAAAGGGGCCGGGUGUUACUCGAGUGGUAUGGUGGACAGAGGUCACCUCCAUCGACCACCAAAGCCAACGUGGAAGGGGCGCCUGCCAUCGACUCGAGCAAGAACCGCCCAAAGCUGAGGAAGGCGCAGGGGGUUACCACUUAGGCCGUGCGACAGACAAGCACGCAGCUGGGUGGGCCUUCUGCAAGUUCGACGCCAGCAAGAGAAAAACGCGCAGGAGAAACCUGGCGCCCAUGCUUGCAAGGGCCGCCAGAAGUUAGGCGAGCGCGAGUCUAUUUACUGCACGCAGGUAUGGGCUUGGGGCUUAUGGUUUCGCGUGGGCUUAAACAAGAGCGGGGCCCAGGCUUAGGGCCUCGACACCCUUAAGCCACAGCGCCCCCGCCCCUAAGCUUCACCCUCAUAAAAUCAAAACCGCACGAGGAUUCCAAAGCAGACUCAUUCAAGCAGGCCCAUGCCCUUCCCCGUCUUCUCGCUAAACUACCACGCACCCGACUGCGCGCGUGAAGUGCGUGAAGUGGGCCCUCGCCUGGGUGUGAUCGUGGUAGGCUUUCGCUUUGGGUGGCGCUCUCUGUUUCUCCUCGAAGUAUCGGCGCACCGUCGCGGGGGGCACAAUUGUGCCCCAGAGCUUCGAGCCCGCGCGCGGCCAUUCAAAGCCGCGCCCGCUCUUCUGGAAACGAAUGCAGCGGGAAGAAGAAAAAAAAGAACAAGAAACGAGCUAAACCUAGCAGCGUGGCAGACUCGCAGACCAGGCGAAAAAGGGCGGAGACGGUCGGCCGGCGGCUUUGCUUGUGGUGCGCGAACCUGCACCAAACGGCUGGCGGGGCUUCUCUAGCGGUGAGGAGGUUGACAAGGCAGCGCGGUUCUCUCUCACGCGCUGAAGAAAGCAGGGCCAUGCCGUUCGUGGCGCAUGGCGAGAAUAUAGGCUGGCAGGGGUGCGCGUCUAAGGUUCGCCGAAAAAUCCCACGCGUUUCAAGUCGCUGACCGUGCGCGAAUUUCUGAGCACUUGGCUGAUUAUAGGGCUCCCCUUUUAGAGGGCCAGGCUGCUCCCCGGCGCUCCCGAUUGCGUGGAACUUUCUCAGUUGUGAGAGAGAACGCAAAGCGAAACGCCCCGCCUUGGGCGGCGCAGUAUCUGACAGCUGAGCCAGCAACUUCAGGCAAAGGCUGCCAAUGGAUUGCGUAGCAAAGACUCUCGGGAGCGGAAGAAGGCCCCAUGUGGAAUGCAGUCGGUGGCGAAUAGCUGCAGCGCUUACCGACCAAGCGGCGAAGGUGACCGCCGUCCGCUCUGGCUUUCGUGAUCGUGGCAGGCUGUGGCGUGCCUCUUGGGCAACGGGGCGAAGAAGUUCGCGGCGGGAGCCCUGAAAUUGCAGCGGGGUUUCUUUGUUUUAUGAGUGUGAAAACCCGCGGGGACCUUGCUGCACGCUGGGAGGUGGGUGGGCUGAUAGAGAAGGACUGAGGAGGCCCCAGGCGUGCGUGCCGCGCGUCUGCGUUGUGUCUCUCUUCUCCGCUGUCUUCUUCUUCUUGUCGGUCUGCCAAUUUUGCCGAGGGUAAAAGCUCUGCGGGCUGGCAGCAAGAGGGCCAGGAGGUGGCGCGCGGACUCUCCUGUGGUGUUGCCCGCGCUUGGGGUUGGUUGUGGGGGUGGUUGCGGUUGGUUCAGGAAAGCCAGCGGAGCGGGCUGAUGUGCUUAUCGGGGGCAUGGUGCCGGCUGCCCUCGCUGUGUUGUGGGUGGGUGUCAGAAUGCUGACCAAAGAAACGAAGCAAAGGGCCCGCGCCUUCCUUACAGCGCGCCGCCGCCGCUGGCUGAGUGAUAUCCUUGCGCGCCAUAGCAUGGGCUGGCGUGUUGGGAUGCGAUGGUACCACGCGCUGGCUUGCGGCGCUUUGGUCACCUGAAUGCCAUCGACCGCGCCGCGCGUGGCUAUAUUUUUAGCAAGAUACACAGUCAUAGAUAGCCGCUGGGGGAGGGUUUUGUUCGCCCAUGGCCUCCCUUGCUUGUUGUGGGGGGCUCAUUCAAUCAUCGGCGCCGCCUGCUCCGUUUUUCUUUCCCUUUGGGAUUGGCCUUUUCAGGCUCAUGUCUUCACCUAUAUUUUUACACCAUACAUUUACAUUUUGUCCCAAACCCCCGAUCAAAACGCAAGCAUGCCCAUCUCAUGCGAGCCCAUACAUAGGAAGCGAUCAAGGGUGAGUAUGUAGAUUGGCUAAGCCGAGAAAGUUAUAGCAUGUUGCUAUCCGCUAACGUGAAGACGAGCGUGAUCAUCUAAAAUAAGAAGCGACAUUGAUUUCUAUUAUAAUUUGGAUCUGGAUGUUGCUAUACUAGCUAUAUACAGCUACUUCCUUUUAAACAUAUUUGAAUGUUGACGGACUUGGGGAUGUUAGUGAUAAAAAAGGUUGUUUUCACUGGUUACAUGAUUGGUACCUAAAAAGCACUACACCAACAGGAUUCAUCCCCGAUCCUCGAUCUACCUUCCAAAAAAGCACCGCCUCCAACUCCUUCCAAUCGUCCACCUUCCAGGUAUCGUCUCGCGAAAGCAGCUUUUCGUAAUUGCAGCUAGCACAAACCCAGAGAUGGUAGAUCCAGCAUUGUUGAGGCCUGGACGCUUAGACAAGAUCCUAUACUGCAGGCUGCCGGAAACUUGCUCUGAAUACGCCAGCAUCGCGCGAGCAGUACUAGACGGUGGAGGAUGGGUGCUCGAGAAGGAUGCGGAUGAGUACGUUUUUGAACAGGUGGGAGAAGUUGUCACAAAAGACAAGAAGGCAAUUAGUGACGUUGCCACUACAGCUAGUGCAAGUGCAAACGGCACAAAAAAUAUAAAUGGAAACGGAAAAAUACGAGAUGACACCUCCACCUCCAAAGUCCUCGCAGAAGAUACUUCUUCAACAUCUACAUUUCUUGAAACGGUUUUACUGAGGCGCCUUACAGCCGCAGACAUGCGGGCGCUUUUCGCAAACGCACACUUGGACCAUGUACAAUAUGUAGAGAAUAUCAGAAAGGAAGCUGCAAAGGAAAGUGGCGAUAUCAAGACAAAGAUUAUGACGAACAAUUAAACUAAGCGCUGUUUUAUAUCUUCAAGCUUUCCUUUUUUUGCUUUUUCUAGUUAAUAGGUUGCCUCCACCACUAUUAUGACGAACAAGAUGUUGCUGUAAGUACUACUAGUAAUAGUUUAUAUUUUGUGAUUCAUGAGCAUGAUGAUUGCUGUUAGCAUGUACAAUUUAAGGUCUUGAUGAAGUAGAAGAUCAAUGUUGUCUACAACUACUAGAAGAACACGAAUAUGACCCCUUCGGUGCAUCAGAUGCAGAUUCACCAGUUUUCGACCCUCUAUCUCUAAGGCAAGAAAAGCCACCAAGACCGACAAAAACCAAACGAGCACGACCGAUGACAAGGUAGUAAAGAUUCCGCGAAUGGCCGUAGAGAGAGCUCUGGUGGGGCAGUAUUCCGCAGUACGUACAGAGCAGCUUGCAGAACUCCAUACGAAAUAUGGGAGAUACGACACACGGAAGACGGCUUCUAAGGAUGAUAAGUCGGCAAGAGCUAAGAAGAUUGCUACGCGUGUGGCAUUACAGUAGUAGAAGACAAAGUCGCUAGUACUAGUAGUGCUUCUUGUUGUCUCACACUCAUUUCAUCAAAGAUGGUCACCUCAGAUAUAAUGACUUUUGAUGGUCUCAUAAUCACUACAAGUUCAUCGAAUACAUCAGUGAAGAUAUUUUUUUACAUUCGUUGCUUGGCCAGAGCAAGAGCGUUGUAGACUUCUAACUUAAAUUUACUAAGUAAUACUAAAGCCAGAGCGAUCAAGGUUGAUCCGCUUGAGUCAAAAUCUCAUCAUGUGUGUCAAAGAUUAAUCGGUUCUAUUUUUUUUUUCAGGAGUUGAACUCCAGACAGAGGUACUCACUGGCUAAAGAAGAUGAACUCAGUCGAUGUCCAUGUCUUUUGUUGUUGAAACAUGGAGUAUCACACAGUUGUGUGAUCAU